AUGUCGAAAUCAAAAUCAGCGAAGAGGAAGCGAAACGCGCAGCUUGAAGACCCUCGAAAAAACCCCAAGACUCAGGCGGCGACUGGCGCGACGCUCGUUACUCCACCCCCAGACGAUCCGAAGAGCAUACACACAGUCAUCUCGGAAGAGGAGCUCGAGAUCACCGUCGAUACCCUCAAGACCCUCGCCCAAUUCCCCGGCCUGAUCAAGACGAAGGCAUGCAAGGAUCUCCGCGUGGCCUCCUAUGACUUCCGCCAAGCGUGCACGACUGGCUCGAUUGCCGCAGAGGGCGCAAAUCUAUCGGCACGAGUUUCGGCAGCGUUAGCGGACGAAAAAUAUAUGGAAGCGAGGAUCCUGCUGGCAGAGAUGAAGAUCCGAAGUCAAGAGCCGAAGCUAGGGACUCUGUGUCGCUGGGUCCGCGAUCUCGAUGUCAUCAGUGGCCUGUCGCAACCCGACAGUGUCGCCAAUGGCGGCAAUGUUGAGCGAACGCCAAGGGAGCAGGAUCUCCUUGCUGUCCUCGACUCCAUUCUGCGCGUGUGCGGCCAGAUCGAUACCAACACCAGGCCCGUCGUGCGCGACCUGCCCUCGACCUUCUACCCGAGCAUCACCCUCCAACCCACUUGGGAUCUAAGACCGUCCACCACACCGCUCGAAGUUUAUGCAUCAGUACUAGACAAGACCAUCUUCGAAUCAGCGCCACCUGAACUGUCCACCGCACUACGGACGAUCGAAACGACCCCAGGCCCCGAACGAAAGCCUCCCAACCACUACCCCGCGAUCCUAUACACAUCCAAACCCAACUCCAUCCCGCUCGCAGACAAGGGCCCGGAGGUCGAAUGGGUCAAGCACCCCCACGUUCCGGGGCUUGGUCUCAUAAAAAAUGUUCUCUCGGUCGAGGAGUGCAAGGGCAUCAUCGCCGCCGGAGAGCAUGUCAAGUUCCUCCCCGAUGCGCCCCUGCGCGAAGACGGCGACACCAGCAUCCUGGCGCAUAACUUCUACUGGGUCGUCGACACCGAGUUCCAUGACCGCCUCUGGUCACGCGUGUCUCCGUUCGUCCCUCAAUCGGUGGACGGUCGUCUUGUCCGCGGCAUCAACCGCCGGUUCCGCGUCUACCGCUAUGUCCCCGGUGCUGAGUACAGGUCUCAUAUCGAUGGCGCUUGGCCGCCUUCAGGCAUCCUCCCAGACGAUACGUACGUUUACGACGCAUCACCGGCAGACAAGAAGCAGAGCUCGCUCUUUACAUUCCUCAUAUACCUCAAUGACGAGUUCGAAGGCGGGCAGACGACGUACUUCUUGCCAGCAGCGCGUGAAGGAACGCUGAAUGCGUACCCCGUCCAGCCUGUGAUGGGCUCCGUCGCGCUCUUCCCGCAUGGAGACACGAGGUUGGCGCCGCUGCACGAAGGCACGGGAGUAACGAAGGGAGCAAAAUACGUGAUACGCACUGAGGUUGAAUAUGACGUAGAGCCCACUAAAGAGGCAUGA